AUGGCCCAUUCAACCUUGGAUAUUUCCACACCGAAGAGCAUGGACUAUCAAUUGACGAGUACGCCCACGUCGGCUGACCCUCAACGUCUUGCUGGCCCCACCAUUUCGAGUUCGGCUUCGGCUUUAAAGUUCAUGCCAGCGCCGAUGCCACUUCCAAGCAGCGAGCUGCCGACUUCGAAUGGCACCAAAGCCUUCAAUUUACUCGAUCUGGAGUUGAUCCACCAUUGGUCGACCAAGACUUACAUGACCAUGUCGUCGCGAUUCGCCAGUCAUGUCGUUUGGCGAGAUACCAUCUUCGCCGAAGCUUUGCGACAUGACUUCGUCCUACAAAGCAUAAUAGCUACUUCGGCAUUGCACAAGGCUACUCUCUUACCAAAGUCGUCAGAAGCUUAUGCUGAAUACUCCAAAGUGGCUCUUGCCUAUCAGGACCUUGCGCUCGCGAGGUUCAUACCAGCAGUCAGCAAGCCUUCUGAAGAGAAUGGCAUUGCACUCUUCGCGUUGUCUCUUUUUCUAACCGUUUGGGCAUUUGCCUCUCGAAGACUACCAGAAGGCCUCAACAAUGUCAGGCUCGAGCUGUCGCAUGGUGACUCCCCUCCGGGUAUCUUCUGCGCACCACACACACCGACGGCCCAGUUCAUUGAAAUUGUCAUGAUCGUUAGAGGCGUCUAUGCCGUGAUAAAAGAAACAGACAAAUGGCUUCAAGGCAACAUCGAAGAACUCUUGCGCUAUCCCCGUAAUGAGGAGCUUCCGCAGCAUUCUCCUGAUGUCCUUGAAGCAUUUGACACGCUUCAGAGAGCCGUCGAAGACUCACAACGGCUACCCGUUGGCGACGAGGGUCAGAUUCUGAGGGAGCUAUAUCUCACGCAACUGCAAGCACUGCGUGACAUUUCCAGAUGUCGAACUGUGGUCGAGUGGGAUGGACAUAUAUUCUCUUGGAUAAUCAUGGCGCCACCAGCCUUUAUCAAUUGCCUGAUGCAAGGCCAACCGAUGGCACUGGCUAUUUUUGCCUAUUGGGCCGCCAUUCUUAGAUGUAUGGAUCAUCACUGGUGGGCGACUGGAUGGCCAUACAUUCUUGUUGCUGACCUUGUCAAUGUUCUCGAUUCCACCUGGGACACUGUACUGGACUGGCCGAAGAAGCAAGUCGGACUCAAGUUUCAGUCCACCCCAGCUUUCGAAAGUCGAAGAUUAGGUUGA